GAGACAAUAGAACAUAUCAUAGUGGAUUGUGAGACGUGAGAGGAAGAGAUAAGACAAGUGAAGGAAAAUGUCAGUCAUAUUUGGUGUAGGAAACUAGGAGAGAUCGGCACGGUACUAAUAUAUGGAGACUGGAAUCGGACGAAAUCAUGAGAUAUGUUCCUGGCACACAGAUGGGAAAAAAGAAAGACAGAGACUAAUUGAAGUAGACUGAAUGACAGAAGAAAGAAGGGAACAACCGAAGAAGCGAUUCAAUGAAACGUGUUACAAGAAGAAAAAUAGUUUCUGCCGACAACGGGACGGUGAGCUGCGGCGCUGCCUCCUGUUUGUUUACAUUUGCAUUGGCGAGGCGAGACCCGAGGGCCGAGGCUUGACUGGAAACAGAUGCAGAAGUGAUCAUAGGCAAGCAAUACUGUCUCGACACUUAGAGAACGACUGGCCCGCAGCAGGUGGUAGGUGGCAGGCUGCAGGCCACACCGGGACACACGCAGGCCAUACAUACAUCGCCAGCAGCCGCUCACCAUCCACCACCAGCUCGGCAGCUAUGGCAGACUUAGAGUGGAAGCCUUUCUCGCUUACUUACGUAGAAUAUCCAAAUGGUGAUCUCAUUGGAAAGUUUUUGGCAGUGUGCAGCUUGACCCCCAUGGCAAUUAUUGUUGGUUUUGUGACAUUAAUUUUGUUUAGAAGAGAUCUACACACAAUCACAUUCUUUGUUGGCGCUUUAAUAAAUGAAGGAAUCAACCUGGUGUUGAAGAACAUCAUUGCAGAGCCUCGGCCAGUGCAGCGGGGUGGACUCUAUACUGAAUAUGGAAUGCCAUCAUCCCACUCACAAAUGAUGUGGUUCUUUGCCAGUUAUUCUGUCCUCUUCUUAAUAUUUAGGUUACACCACAUCAGUAAUUAUGUGAUGGAGCUGUUGUGGAAGGUGCUCGUAGCUGUCGGCCUCAUCACUGCGGCUGCUAUUGUUGCUUACUCCAGAGUGUACUUGCUGUAUCACUCAUGGGCCCAGGUAUUGCUGGGGGCCAUGGUGGGGAUGCUGUUAGGCUGUGGCUGGUUUGUGGUGGUCCAUGUUCUCUUCACUCCACUGUUCCCCACAGUGGCAUCCUGGAGUGUAUGUGAGAGGCUGAUGAUCCGAGACACAUCCCUCAUCCCUAACAUUCUGUGGUUUGAGUACACUCACGCACGCACCGAGAGCAGAGCAAGAAACCGCAAACUUACCUCCAUGAAAAGUCAAUGACAUUUGUGGUAAUCUGUUAGUAUUUGUGCUGUUGGUUUCCUUGCAGUUUGAUAUUAUUUGAGCAUAGUUCCAAUUUUAUGUUUGUUUUAGUCAUUGAUUUGUCUAUUUUAUUAUUAUUACUUUUCAUUACUUUGUCAGUAAAGCCAUAGUUUGCAAGAAAUUUUUAUGUUGAUUAUGUUUUAUUUAAUUAUUCAGUGCUUAUUCAGAAGUUACGGUACUUUUGUUCCUGUAUGUGAUCCCUGUUGCCCAUGAAUGUCAAUAGACUGCCACUAUAUAAAUUUAGGAUGUUCAUCAAAUUGUAGUAUUUAUUACUGAUGUUUGACAAAGUAUUCAUAAAUAUAGACUAUGCACCAGUGAACUGUAGACAGGAAAUAUUCUCUCUCUCUCUCUCUCUCUCUCUCUCUCUCUCUCUCUCUCUCUCUCUCUCUCUCUCUCUCUCUCUCUCUCUC